CGGGUGUCGCGUUAGGUUUGUUCUUUUCUAAUAAAGUUUUGUUUGUGAUGCUGCUGCUCUCUCGCCCUGAACUGUGAAUAAAGAUGGCAGACGACUCGGAGCGGGUUCCUCCUCCUUUUCCAGAGUCGGAGCAGCGGGAGACGGAUCCAGCAGACGGGGAAAGCGACGAGGAUAGCGACGACUUUGAGGGAGAGGACAUCUUUACCGGCAAUAGCCAACCUUCAGAGCCUAAAAAAGACCCCCUCCCACCAGCAGCUCCCACCACCAGCACCACCACCACCACCAGCAGCAAUACAAAGACCAAUGGACUGCAUUCAGACGAUGAAGAGCAGGAUAUAUUUGCAGAGGCCACCGUAGAGCUGGCUCUGGACAGUCCUCUCAAUAAUAGAAAGAGAGAGCCAGCUCAGGCCAAACCAUCGGCACCUGGGCCCUCCCUUACCGUCACGGGGCCAAGCACUUUGAAACCACCGCCGGCCAAAACCUUCGAGGAGCUAGAGGAAGAGGAGGAAAAGGAGGAUGCAUUUGAAUUGAAUAUUGCAGUUACCAAUCCUGAGAAAGUUGGGGAUGGUAUGAAUGCAUAUAUGGCUUAUAAAGUCUCAACUCAGACCAAUUUACCGAUGUUCAAGUGUAAGACGUAUACAGUAAAGAGGCGGUUCAGUGAUUUCCUGGGAUUAUACGAGAAACUCUCUGAAAAGCACUCGCAAAAUGGAUACAUUGUACCCCCGCCUCCAGAAAAGAGCAUACUUGGGAUGACCAAAGUGAAAGUGGGGAAAGAGGACUCCUCCUCUGUAGAGUUUGUGGAAAGGAGACGUGCUUCACUAGAAAGAUACCUUCAGAGAGUUGUCAGUCACCCAUCAUUAUUGCAAGAUCCAGACGUCAGGGAAUUUCUGGAGAAAGACGAGUUACCCCGCGCUGUGAGUACCCAGGCAUUGAGUGGAGCUGGCUUCCUCAAGAUGAUAAACCGAGCUACCGACGCAGUCAGCAAGAUGACUAUUAAGAUGAACGAGUCUGAUAUUUGGUUUGAAGAGAAGCUGCUGGAGGUGGAAAGUGAAGACCAACAUCUGCGUAAACUUCUCUCAGUUGUGGAAACCCUUGUAAAUCACAGGAAGGAGCUCUCCAGCAACACGGCCAUGUUUGCGAAGAGUGUGGCGAUGCUGGGCAGCUCGGAGGACAACACGGCUCUGUCCCGGGCUCUGUCCCAGCUGGCUGAGGUGGAGGACAAGAUCGAGCAGCUUCACCAGGACCAGGCCUGCAACGACUUCUUCAUCUUGGCAGAGCUGUUCGCUGACUACAUCCGCCUCCUCACCGCCGUGAGGGGCUCAUUUGACCAUCGAAUGAAAACUUGGCAACGAUGGCAAGACGCUCAGACUACACUGCAGAAGAAACGUGAAAACGAAGCCAAGCUGCUGUGGGCAAACAAACCUGACAAGCUGCAGCAGGCCAAAGACGAGAUCUCGGAGUGGGAGUCUAAAGUAACACAGUAUGAGAGAGACUUUGAGAGGGUGUCGGCUACAGUGCGGAAAGAGUUUCUCCGAUUUGAGAAAGAGAAAGCCAUGGAUUUCAAGAACCAGCUAGUGAGAUAUCUUGAAACGCUUCUACACUCGCAUCAACAGCUUAUUAAAUACUGGGAAGCAUUUCUACCGGAAGCAAAAGCAAUCGCUUAACAUGACCAAGGAAGUCGUGUGAGCCUCUCAAACUCUGCCUUUUUAUACACUUUACCUCUUGCCUUUUAAACCAAGAAAACAAACCAAGAUGCACCGCAAAGGGAAGAAACUGAACUAAUACAGUACAUGUUAGUAUAGAUAUUCAUCUUAACGAUUCUAUUAACAAUGUAUAUUUUACAUUUAACUUCCAUAUGUAUUUUCUUAUUAAAAAAAUAAAUUAAAAAAAAAAAAAAUCCUGUAUAAGGGAAUGAAAAGUAGAUGUUGGGUAUGGGUGAUAUUUUCAGGGCAUUGGGUUCUAUUAGCAAACAGCCAAAACACAUUUAGUUUGUUUUAAAAAAAAAAACAACAAAAAAAACAAUGUACCACUAUUUACUUUAUAUUAAGGCUUUGCACUCGUUAGCUCCUGCUGAUUAGCCAUUUUAAUAGAUGAUUUUGGGGGUUCGACAAAAACCAGGCGGGACAGCGGCCCUCCAGGACCAGGGUCGAGUAGCCCUUCUGUAGUGCAAUGGAAUGUUUUAGCCAAUAUGAUUUGUAUUUGUUAGUAAUCAUUGUAUUUCAUUACACUGUAAGUUCCCCUAAUGGCUCCUGUGUUAUUCAGUAGACAGAGUUGAUGCUUGAUUGGUGAAAGGGUUCGCAACAUACAAUACAAUAACGCAAGAUAAUCUUAAAUAGCUUGAAAUAGCCAGGCUUAACAUUCUUUAACAAUUGGCUUCAUAGAAUGACCUAAGCCAUUGUGUCCCCUUUCUGGGUCUGUAUAAAUGUGUCUUUCUAGUUUUAAAUAAUAUUCCAUUUCAUAUUGUUGAAACGCCAUGUGUGUCUUUAUUUCAUGAAAGAGGUGGGACUGGCAGCAGCCACUUAAUGUUUGGUACUACUUUGGCAGCAUAUAACAGCUGAACUGGUGUAUAUAGUUUAAAAAUACAAUUGUAGCCCUGCCCUUAGAAUGUUUUACAAUGGUUGCAGCCAUACACAUUUUCCUGAUCUCAGAUUAACUAUGAUACCAAACAAUGUUACGGUGAGUUCUGAGGUCAGGAAGCACAGACACAUGGUGAAUUAUUAGCUGUGUAAGCUCAAAGCCUGUUGAAGAGUAUUAAUAGAACUUGCUAUUGAACUGGGACCCAUUCCAAAUAUUUGCACGCAUAAAGACUGAAAAUAUAAAAUGGCCUUUUGAUGCAUUGUCCUUUUUUCCUCUUUGUCUACAACUGUCUGAGGAGAUAGGGCUGUAGCAUCACGUGUUUGAUUAACAGGGCAAUGGGCUUCAUGCGUGAAGGGGACACAACCUGGUCAGAUGGAAAGAUAGAAACUUUUUAUUUUUAGUAAUUGUCAAACAAUCAACUUUGAAUGGUUUCUUUUUUUAUUAUUGCAUUCCAUUUGGUGCUGGGACAGCUAUUCAAACAUUGCUUGAAAUAUAAUUUUAUACAGAAAUUCUAAUUUGUUUGCACCAGAUUUAUCAGACAUGAUUUAUAUACUUUAGUAAACUCAAAUACUAUAAUAAAUGUAUAUUUUAAUCUAAAAAAAUAACCUCUAAGUAUCUCUGUCUCCUGGUAUUAAUAUCUUUAGAGGGUUAGAGGGUUGAGUUUUCCAUAACCCAGUGCUUACUUGUUUCAGUUAAAAAUGAAAACAAAUGUGUUUGUCCCAGCACUAAUUAGUACAUCUCAACCCCACUUCUUUUCAAAGUGUUUACAUGUUAUUAAUAUUAAAAUGUGUCUUCUCCACAGUAUUCGAUAUUCCAUAACAGUUGGCGGAUAUUAAAAACCGUAAUUAUAAAAAUUGUGUGCAUACUACAGGGUUGAAUUUGUUAUAUUCUAAAUUUACUCAAAGUAGUACAUUUAUUGAAAAUAAAAUUCUUUAAUAAAUCCUA